AAAGCAUUCGCCUUCUGCAAGCGCCUUUCUGUAUUUCCGAGAACGUCAAGUACUUCUCAGGAUGACAGAUCUGGUGGCUUUCCACUGUCCUAGCUGUGAGAUGAGGUUCCGUUCUAGGCAGCUGCUGAAGAAGCAUGUGGAAAAAUUCUGUAUAGGAGGAGAACUUGCAGACAAUCCCAGAGACCAGAAGGGACGAGCAUUGAGAAGAGAGAAGGAGCCAAAGCAAACUGAGACACUGGACAGCACGUUCUACAAAUUGAGGAUGCCCCUAGAGGAUACACUUCCUACAUUCAAGACUUCCCAGGCAAAGGAUGAGAACAGACACCAAAUGCUCCAUCAGCAGGAAUUCUGGCAGCGCCAGCAGCAAAUGGCAGAAGCACAUGAACAUCAGUUGGCAGAUAUCCAGGCCAGGAACCAGUAUCUGGAACAGCAAAGGGAUGAGAUCCAUAGGCACUUGUCAGAGAUGAAGUUAGGAAAUUCAGCUGCAUCUCACAUUGAGCACCUGCUGGUGGAGCUAAAAAAACAGGAAGGGAAGAAUCUGCUUGCUUUGGAUGCCUUGCAGGAGCAGAUUGGACUUCUGCAGCAACAGAGAACAACAACAAAGAACAAAAGCAAACCAGAACCUCCCACCAAUAUAAAGGCAAGCAGUGCUGACAAAAUGGGAAAGAAGGUCUCCCUCAGGCUUUUGCCAUUUCCUGCAGCUGUUGGACCUCUCUCUUCAGAGAUACAGGCUCUGUAUCUGGCAUAUGCACAGAGUGGAAACAAUGAUCACAACAUCCUCAACCAGAUGUAUGAGCUGCAGGUAGAGGCCAUAGAACUGGAGAAAGGCGGAGCCAGGCCUGAUCACAACAGCAGAAAGAAGAAACAUGAAGGUAACCCAAAUACCUACCCAUGGGGUUUGCAUUCUGAACUUCUGGCUGCUGAGCUGGAGAAUCAGCGGUUAGAAGAUGAAAUAUUCAAGCAGAAGAUCCUAAGGGGCAGAUGGAGAAAGGAGGAUGGGUAUUUGGACAAGCAACUGGCUGAGCUCCAGCAAGUACAUAUGGCAGAAAUGGCUCAGCUGCACACUGAGAUGGGCAGACUGAGAGAUGACACAGAAAGGAGGCCACAGCAGCCCAAGAGAGGGUCCCCACCCAUCCUCCCCCCUCCUAUAGCUCCACAAUUGCCACUUCUGCCCCCUGAGCGCCUUCCAGGACUUCCUGACUCCACUUUUUCAAUUGGUACCAUGAACCCUAUGGUAUCAUCUGCCACAGUUGUGAGCCGGUACUUCUUGGAUCCCACUGAUGCCCUGGGACCAGCUCCAUAUGAUCCAGCGUCUGGUUUUGUGAUAUUCUAUGACUUCCUUUUGGGACUGGAUCCCACAUUCUACCAGGUUUGCCUGGUUUCUGGCCUGUACCGUAAUGGGCAAGAGUUGGGCAAAUCCACCUCACUGCCCAUUGUCUUGUCUGAUAUGGGGCAAUCCUCUGAUCAUGUGAUGGGUGGACAGAGAGGGAGCAAUGCCAUUUUAGCUGCCAGGCAGCCAGUCCCAAGAGUUCUCCCUUCAACUUCGAUUGCCCUCAUAACUGAGCUUCAAGCCUCUGGAGGCCUUGAUGCUUAUGGGCAGGAGAUCCAGCAUUUGACCCCCAGGGGAUGGGCCAAAAUCCACCUCUUUGACCACCUGCACCAAGUGUUGAGUGGGUACUGGAAGGUCCCUGUCCGAGUGCUUCCUGUGAAGCCAGGCCUAACAGCAGAACAGUUAAAUGGUGUGCCCCAGGCUGGCAAGGCAGAGCUUUACUUGCGACUGGUGAAUGCAAGAGAUGCUGAUAUGCAGUCAAUGGCUGAGAUCCAUUUUGGCAAUGCCCCUCUCUACAAAUACCCUCCUAUAGUAACCAGUGGCACAGCGCCUCCUUCAGGCUUCCCCUCAACCCAAAGCUCUUUCAACCCUGCCCCCACCAGCCUGUCCCUUUCUGUCCCCCCUUACACUGGCUUUGUUGACCCCCCUCCUGCUAAGGAACAGCCUUUCCAAUACAAAAUUAAGCAAAGGUGAGAAAGGAGGAAAACAGCCCCCAUUCCCUCUGUAGCACUAGGCUUUUCUUCUAAUGAAAAUG